UGCUCUGAACUACAUCUCCCAGCAGCCCGUGCUUGCUGGCUGAAGGAAGCAGUCACGGUUUUUCCUCCUGGACUUUGGGCAGAGAUUUGAAGCUUGUGAAGCGACAGGCUCCUGACUUUCCUCUUUCACCCAGCCUGUGUUUCGCCACAAAAAAGGGCAGCUCCUCUCUCCACCAGCAGAGCUGGGAUGGCGGUGCAGGUGAUGGUUCUGCCUUCCCCCAGGUGUCUGUUCGAUGACCCCGUGCAGAUCCGUGUGGCGGGUCUCCUGCCGCAGCAGGCGGUCACCCUCCGAGCCAGCCUGGUGGACGAGAGCGGGGAGCUUUUCCAAGCCCACGCUCACUACAGAGCUGGGAGCAGCGGAGAGCUCGACCUCAGCCGCUCUCCAGCGCUGGGGGGCAGCUAUUUGGGAGUGGAGCCGAUGGGGCUGCUGUGGUCUCUGAAGUCUAAAGCGCCCUAUAAGCGGCUGGCAAAGAGGAAUGUCCUGACCCCUUUCUGUGUGGACUUGGAAGUGUAUGAAGGCUAUGGGGAUAUGAGCCGCUUGCUGGGAAAAUGCACCAAUGAACGAUGGUUUUUAGGAGAGGGGGUGAAGAGGAUUUCGGUCAGAGAAGGUCGUCUGAAGGCAACCCUCUUCCUCCCUCCUGGACCUGGUCCAUUCCCUGGACUUAUUGAUUUGUAUGGAUCUGGAGGAGGUCUUGUUGAAUACAGAGCAAGUCUUCUGGCUAGCAGAGGCUUUGUGACUCUGGCUCUUGCUUACAUGGCCUUUGAAGAUCUCCCUGCUAUGCCAGAGGUUCUUGAACUGAGCUAUUUUGAGGAAGCUGUAAACUUUUUGCGGAAGCAGCAGCAGGUGAAAGAUACUGGGAUUGGUGUUUUGGGCUUGUCUAAAGGAGCUGAUCUAGCCCUUUCCAUGGCCACAUUUCUACCAGGCAUCAAGGCAGCUGUCAGCAUAUCUGGAAGUGGUUUUAAUUCUUUCAUUCCCCUGCAGGGGGAUGGCUUCAUUGUUCCUCCCCACCCAUAUGAUUUGGGGAGGAUGAAGACCAGUGAUGAGUCUGGCCUAGUAGAUUUUUCAGAUAUCCUAGAUGAUCACAGGGACCCAGCAACUUGGGAUUGUCGCAUUCCAAUGGAGAGGUCCUUGGCCAAGUUCCUCUUCCUGUCGGGGCUGGACGACACAAACUGGAAAAGUGACCUCUAUUGCCGGGAUGCUGUUCAGCGCCUUCAGCAAUAUGGACGGGAAGUGGAGUUUUGCUUCUAUUCUGGAGCAGGACACCUCUUGGAGCCACCAUACUUGCCUCUGUGCCAGGCUUCCAUCCACAAAGUGCUUGGGGUGUUUGUGCAUUGGGGAGGGCAAUGGAGGGAGCAUGCCAAAGCCCAGGAAGAUGCAUGGCACAGGAUACAGGCCUUUUUCUGGCAACACUUGAUGGACUCAGACAUCCCUAAGAGCAAGCUGUAGUGGAAGCUGUCAAAGAUGCUCACCAGGGUUGGUAUUUCAACUGUCACUGAAUCUUGGAAACUCGUUGAAAGUUUCCUGGCCUGCCUUCCUCUAAGCCCCACUGUUGCAUAGUUGUUUAUUUUCAUUCCUCAAAUAAUUUUCCAUUUUUUAAUUGAAUUUUAGUUGUCUUCUGGCCCCAGCUGCACUGUAGAUUGUCACCAUCUGAUCUGCCUGUGUGCUGUAGUCAUCUGAGAAAAACCCAGCAUCCUGUCGUGCAGAUUGCAUUUGUACUGACCUAUCUUUGCCCUCAAUCUCCAACCAUCUCCUCCUACUCUCCUAGGAAGAGUUUUCCAUUGAAUUGUUUAGUCUUGAACCUUUAACUAACCUAGCUGUAAACAGCAUUUUCUUAGGACAACACUUUAGUACAUUCACCUUUCCUCUUGGUAUAUCAUUUUCUCAUAUUUCUUAGUAAAAAGGUUGCGGCAGUUCUGAUCUCAGCUAAGUAAAGAUGCACUCUUCUGACUUAUUCUGAAGUGCGGUGAUAACUUUUUUUUCUGAUACCUCAAAAACCAGAAGUGAAUCUUACCCAGGUUACACUGGUUUUAUCUCCUGCUAACUCCAGACAAGUUACUUAUCAGGGUAAAGUUUCCACUGCACUACUCAAUAAAUACAAUGUGUCUGUGUGU